AUGGGUCCUGUCAAACGCAAGGCUCCAGCUCAGAGGAGUCGUACACACUGGAUGGAUAUGGUCAAUAGAGAAAGAGUCCCACCAAAGCCAGAUCUCAAGGAGUCAAGCAAGCAGACAAUGAGAGUCAUGGAAAAGAACUUCAUUAAGUUCGCUCAAGAAUUAGAUCCACCUGACCCACGUCACUGGCUCGUAAACCUGAACUUGAACGUUGUCGAAACGUUUCUACGAUGGUACCUUGAAAUUCACAAUGUUGUAUCUUUAAACGGCUUCCUUGUCAGAGUUCAAUACUGGAGAAUCUACUAUUGCUAUGAGACGAACCAUGACUUUCCCUACACGCUGAAGCGAGAAACAAAGAAUGCAUGUGCUCAAACCCCAUUUUGCAGAUCAUCACUAACACUCCUUCCAGUUAAUCUGUGGCACACUCAAGGAAACGACCUUCAAGAGACAAUGAGAUUUCAGCUGCCAAUCAAUGCAGACAGCCUUCUGAGCAACCUGUACUUUGACCUUACUAUCUCAGAUGUGUGGUUUCCAACAGAACAGCAAAGAAGACAGCAUGAGACUGUGCAUAAGAUGAUGACUGCCACAAGUGCGCAGCCAGGGACUCUGCUUGUGAGCUCUGGGUACUGCAGGAAGGGAAAGGAUGGGCUUGAACGGAGGUCCGGGUGGUACUUAUAUACGGAAGCGAAUAACACACUACCCCGAAUAAUGAGGGAUAGGAAAGAGACCACUUCGCAGUGGAACCAAUGA